AUGAUUACUUAUAGAUUACGUACUUAUAAAAGGAGCGAUGCCGUGGUCGCAGUGGAUCGCUUGGAGAACGUGACGCACACGGUGUCACGGAUCUUGGACGGAUACGAUAUCCGCCUGCGUCCUAACUUCGGUGGCGACCCUCUGUACGUCGGCAUGGAUUUAACUAUUGCGAGUUUUGAUGCCAUAUCAGAAGUCAAUAUGGACUAUACAAUAACACUUUAUCUGAACCAGUACUGGAAGGACGAAAGAUUGGCGUUCGGGCUGCCAGACGAAGUCCUCACGUUAUCUGGCGACUUCGCCGAUAAGAUUUGGGUCCCGGACACGUUUUUCGCUAACGACAAAAACAGUUUCCUCCACGAUGUGACGGAACGCAACAAGCUGGUACGCUUGGGCGGUGACGGCAGCAUCACAUACGGCAUGAGGUUCACCGCGACCCUCGCCUGCAUGAUGGACCUCCACUACUACCCCCUCGACAGCCAGAACUGCACCGUCGAGAUUGAAAGCUGUUAUGCUAACGUAUCGGCUACUACAGAUGGUUACACCGUGUCCGACGUGGUGAUGUACUGGAAGGAGACGCCAGUGCGGGGGGUGGAGGACGCUGAGCUGCCUCAGUUCACCAUACUUGGACACGAAACCAAUGAUAGGAAGGAGAAGCUGGCGACGGGCGUGUAUCAACGAUUGUCGCUGAGUUUCAAACUACGCAGGAACAUCGGUUACUUCGUGUUCCAGACUUACCUGCCGAGCAUUCUCAUCGUCAUGCUCUCCUGGGUCUCUUUUUGGAUUAACCACGAGGCAACUUCAGCAAGAGUUGCUUUAGGAAUAACAACUGUGCUGACUAUGACUACGAUCAGCACAGGUGUGAGGAGCAGUCUACCCCGCAUAUCCUAUGUCAAAGCAAUCGACAUAUACCUGGUGAUGUGCUUCGUGUUCGUAUUCGCCGCAUUACUUGAAUAUGCUGCGGUCAACUAUACGUAUUGGGGUGCUAGGGCAAGGAAAAGGGCCAAAUUAAAGAACCGAGAUCAGUUGUCUACGAGCACAAGUAUUGAGAAGGAUUUGAAAUGUUCCGCAGGGUCUCGGUCAGCAGAGGAAAUCAUCGCACUUCGCGAGUACCCAGCUAGUACAGGGCGGGUAUCACCACUGUUGGGUCUUCGCUCGAAGCCAUUGCAAGCAGCGACUGGCGCGCCCCCCUCCUUGCGUCUGCAGCGAGACCACACUAACCUGCGCUAUCGUACGCGGCCGCACUCCAGGACCUCCAGGAAUAGUUCCAAUACGAAACCUAAAAUGAUCCAUGCAUUACGACGUGGUGCCACAGUCAUCAAGGCGUCAAUGCCGAAGAUACGUGACGUCAACGUCAUCGACACAUACUCCCGUGUGAUAUUUCCCGUCAGCUUCCUAGCAUUUAAUGCCAUUUACUGGGUGUUCUACAUUUUCGACUGAACCAAAAAUAUUAUCAGAACGAUGGUGAAAACAGGAAAUUAAUAUAAAUCUCUGCGGUAACUAAUGUGCGUCUUCUACUCUAUCGGUUUAAGUUCUAUUUGAGUGUUACACUUAUGAAAAUUAUAGG